CAUCAUAAUCCUAAAAUUACAAACUUAAAAACCCUUUUAUUUUUCCUCUUUUCGAUCGUUCAAAAUUUUCAUAGAAACCCAAAAAAAGGGGGCAAAAAUGGCUGACGGAAUCGCACGUGGUCGUCUUACUGAGGAACGCAAAUCAUGGCGGAAGAAUCAUCCACAUGGUUUUGUGGCUAGGCCGGAAACUGGUGCAGAUGGAUCUGUAAAUUUGAUGGUGUGGCACUGUUCUAUCCCUGGAAAAGCCAAGACUGACUGGGAAGGCGGCUUCUAUCCAAUAACAAUGUACUUCAGCGAAGACUUCCCUAGCAAACCGCCCAAGUGCAAGUUUCCUCAAGGUUUCUUUCAUCCUAAUGUCUAUCCAUCGGGAACAGUAUGUUUGUCUAUCCUCAAUGAAGACAGUGGGUGGAGGCCUGCCAUUACAGUUAAACAAAUUUUGGUGGGCAUCCAAGAUUUGCUUGAUCAGCCAAACCCCAGCGAUCCAGCACAAACAGAAGGCUAUCAGCUAUACAUGCAGGAUGAUGCUGAGUAUAAGAAACGAGUGAGACAGCAAGCCAAGCAGUAUCCAGCUCCUGUCUAACAUUAGUUAGUUAUGAAUUAUACAAUUAUGUGACAUUGUUAGUCCUCGUUGACAUGGUGUCCGUUUGACGUCAAAUUUGGUGCUUAUCUUCUUUAUGAUUGAACAAUGAGUAUAGUCAGUGGGCAACAUGCAUGCUAUCUGUUAUUUUGACGAUGUGAUUGUUCUAUUGAUUAUAUUUUAUUA